AGUAACAUACAGUUUCUUCUGAGCUCGUGCAAUCAACUCGGCUCAACUCCAACGCUUUUAGCUUUGUACGACAACACCGUAUUUCUUUUCUUCUCUCUCUAUAUCUUUCUCCCGCCUUUCGCGCCAAUCGUCAAUGACGGAGGUCAACUUCGGACGCCACAUCCUCAUCGAUGGACUGCCAAACAACGUCACGCCCGACAAGCGCGAGCUCUUCAAGCGCCACUUCUCGCGCCGCAUCACGGAGGUGUUGGGCCAUGACCAGAUAAACCUGCAGCUGCUGCAGGACCGCGAGACGGCCCUCGUGAAGGGUGCCAUUCUGAGCUGCGUGACGGAGGAGCAGGCCGAGGCCGCCCUGGCGAAGCUGAACCGUUUCCCUUUUACCAAGACGUCCAUCCUGACGACGUACCGCUGGAGCUCGCUCGAGGAGGCGCGCCAGGACCUCGGCCCCUACGUGCCGCCGACGCUGCCCGACGGCGACGAGGAGGAGGAGGCAGAGCUGGUGCACAACAUGGCCGAGGAUCCCGAGGCACGUCCGCAGUUCCUCGUGAAGGGCGGCGCGUCGUUCGACUGCGAGUGGUACUGGUUUAACUGGGAGAAGAACGAGCCGGAGUUGUACCGCCGCCGCAAGCUGGGCAGCGAGGACCCCCUCAACCGCUGGUCCGAGGUGGACCGCACGAACAAGAAGCUGAGCAGCGGCAUGAUCUGCGGUCCGCUGCCGGUGAGCCGUCCGUUGCCCGUGUGGUCCACCUACGGCUCGAUGGUCAUCUCCCAACACGAGAAGGGCCUGCGUGUGUGGGCGGGCCGCAGCAUGCGCUUGCACUUCGAGAUCACGCUGGACGUCAACGCCUUCAUGGUGUCGCCGUGCGAGAAGUACAUCAUCGUUCAAACGCCAAAGGACAUCAGCAUUAUCAACCUGCGCACGGCCAAAAAGAUCCGCACAAUCGGCAAUCUUGACCUGCACAGCGACGACCUCUGGCCGGUGAUGCGCUUCAGCGCGGACGACUCGCUCGUCGUCGUGUGCAAGACGACGGUGCGCGCGCCGGACUCCGCGACGGUGCCGGAGGGCCAGCUGAACAUCUACCCCUCCGAGACGAUGAAGCUGUUGAAGGGCGACGGCAGCGCGGGCCACACCUUCUCCGUUCGCGGUCUCUACAAGGCGGAGUGGAAUCCAGUGGUGGACACGCAGAUGGGGUACGUGUGCGAGCUGGGACCCAACCAGGGCUGGAAGGCCGUCGUGGCCGACAUGGUGGUGAACGAGGAUGGCGAGGUGGAGCAGCGCGUGCUGAACGAGCGCAACUUCCUGCUAGCGUCCCGCUUGGACAUGCUGUGGCACCCGGCCGGCACGUUUCUGUGUGUGAAGGUGUCCUCGAUGAAGGGGCCGACGGAGUACUUCCUCUUCCACAUAGCGGAGCGCAACGUACCUAUUACGCGCCUCUCCAUCAAGCGCGGCUACAUCCCGACCCGCUUCGCCUGGCAGACCGGCGGUGACAAGUUCGCAGUGCUGCUGAAGAAGGACGGCGUCGGCAGCGGCCUCGGUGAGACGGGCUUCUUGCAGAUCUUCAUGAUUGGCAAGCAGGGCCCGAAGGUGCAGCAUGAGGUGCCCACGUCCGCGACGCACCUCUUCUGGGCCCCGCACGGCGGCCGUCUUGCCGCGGCGAACUUCGACAAGUCCCUCCUGCACUUCUUCGUCCUGCACGACAACAACACGAUCACCGACAAGAACAAGCUGAGCGGCGUGAAUGCGACGAACUGCGAGUGGGACCCGACGGGCCGCUACUUUGCUGUGUGGGUCUCCUCGAUCCACGAGCAGGCGAUGUCGGCGCAGUACCGCAUCUUCGACUACACCGGCAACGAGCUGUACCGGAAGGCGGUGAAGACGUUCUCGCACUUUGCCUGGCGACCGCUGCCACCGACGCUGGUGGACAGCGCGCAGAUGAAGAAGGUGCGGGAGUCGAUGAAGAUGCUGCUGCACGACUACGAGGCCACCGCCGCCGCGCUGAAGGCCGCGAGCGAGGAGCAGGUUGAGAAGGAGCGGAAGCUGAAGGAGGACGAGUACGUGAAGAAGAUGAAGCAGCUGGCGGAGCAGGCGACGCGCGACAAGCUGACAGAGAUCCGCGAGGAGGAGUACGCGAACUCGAAGUGGGUCCGCUACAACAACAGCCGCAUUAAGGCCCUGCCGGAGGAGGAGCGCACGGUGCACGAGGAUGUGACGGAGAGCCACGUCGUGUCCCGCCGUCUGGUAACGUCUUCAAAGAAGUAA